AUGGCAGGAAGGCGAACUCUGCCCAGCGCCCCGACUACCCCGUGGGCGCCCUGGUCCGGCGCCGAGAUCCCUCAUGAGGGCCAUCUCCUUCCCCCCUAUUUCGCCGUUGCCCGCGACCUCCCGAGCACCAUGGCCGAGAGCACGAGCUCUUGGUCUGCCCCGCGCCCCGACUACCCCAUGGGCGCCCGGUCCGGCGCCGCCUCUCUGCCCGCGGCCGCGCUACCUCGCACUCAGGUCACUCGCAGCCCAUUCCUACACUGCCACCGCCGGUGUUGUACUGCUGCCACUGGAGAGCUAGGCGGCCGACGGGAUGCCCUCUAG